AUGAGUCUCCUUCGACUUCAAUCUUCUCUUCACAACCAAACCCUCUCUCUCUCUUGUUCUCUCUCUUACUCUCUCCCCUUCAACCCCUCUUCCUCCACUCUCCCCCUCCCUCGCACGCGCCCCCCGUGUCUCCCGCGCCUCUCGGUUGUGACGUGUUCCGUCUCCAAGGUCCACAGCUACGGCACCGUCGACUACGAGCGCCGCCCCAUUGUGCGGUGGAAUGACGUGUACCGCCGGAUAUCGCUCAACCCGGACACCGAUGUGACCUCCGCCGAGGUGCUCAACCGGUGGGAGAACGAAGGCAGACACCUCACCAAGUGGGAACUCUCGAGAGUCGUCAAGGAGUUGAGAAAAUACAAAAAAUUUCGGAGAGCCCUUGAGGUAUAUGAUUGGAUAAACAAUAGGCCAGAGCGGUUUAGAGUUUCUGAGAGUGAUGCAGCAAUUCAGUUAGAUCUAAUUGCAAAAGUUCGUGGACUUUCUAGUGCGGAAGUGUUCUUUCUGAGUCUGGACGAUAAGUUAAAAGAUAAGAGGACUUAUGGUGCCCUUUUGAAUGUAUAUGUGCAUUCCAGAUCGAAGGAAAAGGCAGAAUCUUUAUUUGACACAAUGAGGAGUAAAGGGUUUGUGAUACAUCCACUACCAUUUAAUGUAAUGAUGACUCUCUACAUGAAUGUAAAGGAAUAUGUUAAAGUUGAUAUGUUGGUUUCUGAAAUGAUAGAAAAACAGAUACAGCUAGAUAUCUAUACAUAUAAUAUCUGGUUAUCAUCUUGUGGAUCUCAAGGAUCAAUAGAGAAGAUGGAAAAAGUGUUUGAACAGAUGGAAAGGGAUCCUACCAUCAUCCCUAACUGGUCUACAUUCAGCACAAUGGCUUCAAUGUACAUUAAGAUGGAUCAGACUGAAAAAGCAGAAGAGUGCUUAAUAAAGGUUGAGAAUAGAAUUAAAGGUCGUGAUAGAAUUCCUUUUCAUUAUCUCCUGAGUUUAUAUGGACGUGUUGGAAACAAAGGCGAAGUUUAUCGUGUGUGGAAUACGUACAAAUCAGUUUUUCCAAAAAAUAUACCAAACUUGGGAUACCAUGCUAUUAUUUCUUCUCUGGUUAAAUUGGAUGAUAUAGAUGGUGCAGAAAGACUCUACAAGGAAUGGCUUUCAGUAAAGUUAAGUUAUGAUCCUCGAGUGGGAAACCUUCUUCUAGCCCAGUAUGUAGUGGCAGGUGAUGAAGAUAAAGCUUUGAGUUUCUUCAAACAGAUGAAGGAGGAUGGUGGCAUUCCAAAUUCAAAUACAUGGGAGAUUCUUUCUGAGGGCCACAUUGCAGAUAAGAGGAUUUCUGAGGCCUUGUCCUGCUUGAAAGAGGCUUUCAUGGUCGCUAAUAAUUCAAAGAGUUGGAGACCGAAGCCCUUGAACUUGUCUGCAUUCCUUGACCUUUGCCAAGAACAAGAUGACAUGGAAAGUGCUGAAACUUUAAUUAGACUGUUGAAGCAGGCCAAAUUUAGUAAAAAUAAAGCUUAUGCAUCACUCAUUGGCUCAUCUGAUGACGAAUUAUUGUCAAGCAAGAUUGAUACAGCAGAUAGAAUUGCUGAUAUCGAUGACAGUGAAAACAUGGAUGGCGACGACUCUCAAAUGUUGUUGAACCAACUAGAGAGUACCUUUUGA